UACACCUCCCGCCAUAGCAAUUGUCUCCUCACCCUCACCGUUGGACACCCUAACCACCCGAGAGCCGUGACGUUUCCUGCAAUUGCCUCAUGACCCCUCUAUGACCACGCCGGAUGCCUUCAGGGAUGCCGAGCACUUCGCUGAUGUCUCUGGCAUCCCAGAUGUGGCCGAUUACGCCGAUGUCGAUCAGCCCCUAACCUCCGCCCAGCAGGACCUGUGGCAGAAAGUGCAACGCAAGACGAAGAUUGCAUUGAUCGAUCGAUUGCUGCGCGAGCUCGAUGUUGUCAUAUACUGUGAGCUUGCUGCUUUGUAUUAUAUGGAUUGUACCUUUUUCCUCUUUGCCAUACGUGUUAUUGUACAGCUUAUAUUCUUCACGCCGAAAGCUCCCCCCUUCGAACCCACAAGAAGUCAGCCUUAUGUCGGCACUAUAUUCACUGUUAAUUCGUUAUGUAUGUUCCUGCACACAGUCGCCAUCCAUCCGAGUGCCGGCGAAGAAACACGAGGAUAUCUCCAUGGUGGUUUGUUUAUCGAUUUCGUGGGACAAAAGGCCCCCGUAUCACGAAUCCGGCUCGUGAUUUUCGAUUUUCUCAUUAUGUUAAUACAUUUGGUCAUGUUGGGUCUGAUUUUGGAACGAGUUCGGAUCGGUGAGAAUCGCGAAUCUACUACACAGGACCAAGAGUCCCCAACAGAUACGGAGGAUGGUACAAACCCGGGACAAGACCAUGAUGCCGAGGAAAGAGGGGUCUUGAGAAAUGAAACGGAUAAUGAUGAAUCGUCUUCUUCUUCUCCUCCUGAAAGACCACGAGAUUCGAGUCUUGAGCGAACGGCUCUGCUAGCGGAACCUGCUGAAGAUGGCUCGAGUCCCCAAUUGAGGAAUAGUCAUCCUUUAGAUACGUUUGUGUCCGGGGAGGCGUUGAUAUUGGAUAUGGGCUUGUUUGAGACGAUACAUGACCAGUGGAGACACAAUACAGGGAAUAGGCCGCGCACUGCAUUUACGCCUUCACAAGAGACGACGACUUUUUUACGAGAGCAUCUUGGUGUUAGUGUAGGGCCUGAUGGUCGAGUUCUUAGAUUUCAACGAUGAGGUAAAUAUAUUUACAUACGUUGC